GUGGAGGACGGCUCCCCGGAGGGAGGACCGCGCGAGUAGUGCCGCCGCUCCAGGCCGUGCGGCGCCGGUGGGCGUGUGCGGAAAUAAAGCGGCUCCCGCUCCUCGAUUUUAGCUUGGUUUGAAGAUGAGUAAGCGCAGGAAGCUCCCGGUUCAGCAGCCAGCCAGUCCCGAGACCUUCAGCCCAGACGUUCUCGCCGACGUUUCUGAACUCUUCGCCAAGAACUUUACCUACUGUCCGCCACUUGACGGUGAGUGGCGGCCACCAGCUCCCAGUGAGCUCUUCACCUGUGACCACACAGAGUUCAGUGCUCUUCUUGACCUGAAGAACUCCCUAAACGAGGUGAAAAACCUCCUGAGUGACAAGAAACUAGGCGAGUGGCACAAGCACACUGCCUUCACCAACAAGGCAGGGAAGAUCAUUUCCCACGUGAAGAGGGCGGUGAACGCAGAACUCUGCACGCAAGCCUGGUGCAAAUUCCAGGAGAUUCUGUGCAGUUUCCCGCUUAUCCCACAGGAGGCUUUUCAGGAGGGAAGGCUGAAUUCCCUGCACCUGUGCGAAGCCCCAGGAGCCUUCAUAGCUAGUCUCAACCACUACUUAAAGUCCCACCGGUUCCCCUGCGAGUGGAGGUGGGUGGCCAACACCCUGAACCCGUACCAUGAAGCCAACGACACCCUCAUGAUGAUUGCGGACGACCGGCUGAUUGCAAACACCUUGCCCUGGUGGUACUUCGGCCCGGAUAACACCGGCGAUAUCAUGACCCUGAAGUACCUGAGCGGGCUUGAGGACUUCCUCAGCAGCGUGUCCACCAUUCACUUGGUCACUGCUGACGGGAGCUUUGAUUGCCAAGGAAACCCAGGGGAACAGGAAGCUUUAGUCUCUUCUUUGCAUUACUGUGAAGUUGUCACUGCUCUGACCACUCUUGGAAAUGGUGGCUCUUUUGUUGUAAAGAUGUUUACGCUGUUUGAACAUUGUUCUGUAAACCUCAUGUACCUGCUGAAUUGUUCCUUUGACCAAGUCCAUGUUUUCAAACCUGCCACCAGCAAGGCGGGAAAUUCAGAAGUCUAUGUGGUGUGUCUCCGCUAUAAAGGAAGAGAGACUGUGCAUCCUUUGUUGUCUAGGAUGGUGCUGAAUUUUGGCACUGAGAUGACCAGGAAAGCACUCUUUCCCCAUCAUGUGAUCCCCACAUCUUUUCUCGAGCAACAUGAAGCGUGCUGUACAUUCUUCCAUAGACACCAGCUAGAGACUAUUUCCAAGAACAUUCGUCUUUUUGAGUGCAUGGGAGAGAGGGAGCAAGAGAAACUGAAUAAUUUAAGGGAUUGUGCUGUACAGUAUUUCAUGCAAAAAUUCCAACUGAAGCCUCUUUCUAGAAAUCACUGGCUUGUUAAGAAAUCCAAUAUUGGUUGUAGUACAAACAUGAAAUGGUUUGGGCAGAGGAACAAGUAUUUUAAAACCUAUAAUGAACGGAAGAUGCUGGAAACCCUUUCAUGGAAAGAUAAGAUAGCCAAAGGGUACUUCAAUAGUUGGGUGGAGGAGCACACUGUCCAUCAUCCUGGACAGAGUUCCCUCUUAGAAGGGACUCCUGCUGAUCUUGAGUGCCACUUGUGGCAUAUUUUAGAAGGAAAGAAACUGCCAAAGGUGAAGUGUUCUCCUUUCUGUGAUGGUGAGAUUUUAAAGACUCUUAAUGAAGCCAUUGAGAAGUCCUUAGAGGCUUUGAGUAUGGAUUCCAGGUUCAGUCCCAAGCAGCAGUACCGCUGUUGUGACAUUUUUUCAGAAGGCUUGAUACUAUCCGAGUUGUUUGGCCUUACCCAGUGCCUUCAGGAUGAGCAGGCUGUCGAACUGGGCAGCCCAAUGAAGUGCCUGCUCGUGGGUUCACCGACUGUCCAUGAUUUCAAAGUGCACACGCCCCUGGAGGUCCAGCUUCUGGAAUCCACCGAACUCCUAACCUUCAGUUGCUCAUUGCUUCAUGACGGCGACCCGACGUACCAACAUUUGUUUCUGGAUUGCCUGCUACACUCACUGAAGCAGCUUCACACAGGGGAUGUGAUGGUUUUGCCUGUACUUUCGUGCUUAACAAGAUUCAUGGCCGGCUUGAUCUUUGUCCUCCACAGCUGUUUCAGAUUUGUCACAUUUUCUUGUCCUACGUCCUCUGAGCUCCUCAGGACCUGUGCUGUGCUGCUAUGCAUUGGUUAUCAGGACCUUCCAGAGCCAGUUUUCGAGUAUCUGCGGAAUGUUAAGGAGCUGUUGAGCACUUUGCUCCACUCUAACGCACCGCAGCAGGUUUUGCAGUUUGUGCCAAUGGAGGUGCUCCUCCAGCGGACAUUGCUUGAUUUUUUGUGGGAUUUGAACGCUGCCAUUGCAAAAAGGCAUUUGCAUUUGAUUAUUCAAGGAGAGAGAGACAAAGUCAUCAGCAGCCUUGAGUUAUAAACUUGAACAUGGCAUCCAUGAGAUUAGUUUUGUGACUUAGAGUUUCUGAUUUCAUUUUGCACCCCCCCUCCUCUGUUUAUUUAAUACUUUUCAUUUUGGACAAAUGCCAGUUUUUGUAUUAAAGGACAUUAAUUAUGGAUGGUCGUAGCCUUUUCUGAUCUGAAGGCUCUGUGACUCAGGCACAGAGUUCUUAUUGAAGGAACAGCACGGAUGGCACUCUGCCUCUAGUCUGUGACUUCUCUAUGUCCUCGGGGUGACUGCACACGUGUUUACAUGAGCAGUUGAGUUGGUCUUGUCUGCUGAAGAUUUGCACUGUGUGCCUUCGAUCAGACCCCUCCCCCUGUGGACUCCUCUCCUUGGCUAAUGCUGUUAGUGAUUAUUAGGAGUUACUCAUGAAAGGAGGGGAGUCGCUCCUUGGCAUCACUCUCCGCUUGGGUGCACUUGACCCCUCAUGGAUCUCAGGGAUCUUUAUACCAGCUUCUUGGGAUGUGCCAUUCAUUGCCUUUAGAUCAGUGCCUCGAUCUUCUUUUGACGUGAAAUACGGAUUUCCUUGAGUAACUGUUUUACUAGCCGUAACUACCCAACAAAUAAGAAAGGACAGCUUUAAGCGAAAGCCAAAAAUCAUUUUUGUACACUGAAAAAUCGUGUCUAGUACUUCUGUAUCUCGAAAAGCUUCCCCCAGCAAUGUUGGCGUUUUUAAUGUCCAGGAAACAAUGAGUGGAAAGAUGGUUGGGUUUUAAGGCUUCAUGAAGAGCCUCUUGUGGGAUACAUAGGAGUGUGAUGAUAAUAGGACUUUCGAAGGAAAAUGUGACACUUUCAGAAUGAUGGCAAACAAAAAAGUUUUAAUCUUUACUGAUUUUUUAGUAUGAAAUAGCACUUUACUAAGAUUAUCCAUAAAGAAGUUAUUUUAUUAAGUACAUUUAUUAAGUACAUUUUGACUUCUUUGAGCAAUAUAUAUUUAAUAAUAUAGUGAAUUUUUCUGGCAACUUGUUAAUUCUUCAUUACUUUCAAGUUUUAUGAGGUAGAUAAUUACAUCUCAAAUGAAGUUUUAGGUAUUUUUUUUGUUACUUAAAAAAGUAGAAGUAUACUGUCAUGUAUUUGGUUAAUAAACGAAUUUUUCAUGCUCUUUGCUAUUUUU